AGCUUCUUCUUGGUUCUGCGAGAGACAUAGCUGCUGGUGCUUUCUUCUUUCUCAAUUUCUGGAAGUUUCCAUUUUUCUUUAGAUUCUUAGCGUUUCAUGCAGUGGGUCAUGCUUUGUUGUUUUAUUCUCGGUGGUUCCUCCAUAGCAGUAUAUGGAUAUGCCCCUUUUGUUGAGUUUCCCGUUUCAGUUUCACACUUGUCUUCUCAAGCUUUCUUAUUCUCCCUUUCUCAGUGCUCCUAUUCGUUCCAAAGCUUAUGUGCAAACGCGUGAUAGAUACCUUGGCAUUGUUUUCUUGUCACAACAAAAAUACUCAAUUGGGUCGACAGGGUUUCAUGAAUCCCCUCCAAAGCCUAGGGACUCGGUUCAUGCUGUUGUUGACUCUGGUUUGUGGGAGCAAGAAGAAGAACGUGUUGAUGAUAUUGUUUGUGAGAGGAGAGAAAUAGUUGAUGCCACCUCUUUUUUGUCCAAGAAGGAAUUGCCGCCUUGGGGAGAAGUAGAGCUGGAAGAUGGUGAUGUUGAUAUUGAAGGAAGAGGACAAUUUAAUACAACUAUAGUGUCCAAGGAUGAAUUGUGUCCUUGGGGAGAAGUGGAACUGGAAGAACAAGAAGAAGAUUAUGAUGAUGGUGUUGAUGAUGAUAUUAUUGCAGUUAGAGAAGAGUUUGGUACAUCUAUAGUGUCCAAGGAGGGACUACAUCCCGAAUUGGAUGAUAAUAAUGGUAAUGAUAAAAGAAUGGAAGGUGUUAAUUCAUAUUUUGUGUCCAAUAAGGAAUUGGUUCCCUGGGCAGUAGUCAAAGAUGAUGAAGAGGAUUACGGAAAUAACAAUGGUAAUGACAAUGCUGAGAGAAGAGCACAUGGUGGUGCUUAUUUUGUGGCCAAUAAGAAAUUGCCUACCUCGACAGAAGCAGAUGAUGGUGAUGAUGAUUUUGACUACAAUAAUGAUGAUGCCGUUGAAAGAAUAACGAAUGGGGAUACAUAUUUUGUGGCCAAGAAGGAAUUGCCUCCGUGGGGAGGAGCACAAGAUGAUAAUGUUUUUAGCAACAAUGCCGAAAGAAGAGCAAAUGGAGAUGUAUAUAUUGGGGCGAAGAAGGAAUUGGCUCCCUGGGGAGAAGCAGACGAUGGUGGACACCUUUAUUCUAGACAUGUGGAAACUACUUUAUCAGCUUCAGAGGGGACGGGACUAAUAAUGGAGCAAGGGGCAAUUUUUCUUGAGGAGAUGGAUGAGAAUGUGUUGUCUAACAGGAUUGUGGUGCUUAGCAGAACUAACAAGAUUAGAAGUGCAAUGGAGUAUUUCAGGUCUAUGGAAUUAUCGGGUCUUUCUCCUAAUAUCCAUGCUUGUAAUUCUCUUGUUUCUAGCCUUUUCAGAAAUGGAUGGUAUGAUGAUUGCUUGAAAGUGUUCAAUUUUACAAGAGCAAAAGGGAUAACUACCGGACAUACUUAUAGCUUGAUUCUUAUGGCACAUGCAAAAGCUCAUGGAUGCGAUUCAGCUCUUAGAUUCUUCAGAGAACUGGAAAGUGAAUGUGAUGUGGAGAAGGAUUUUGAUGCAAUUGUUUACAACACCAUGAUAUCUAUCUGCAGAAAUGUUGACAAUUGGUAUGAAAUAGAGAAGUUGUGGAAGAGUAUGAAGGAAAAUAGGUGUGCUGGAACCUGUGUGACGUAUCGCCUAUUGAUCAAUAGUUUUGUACGAUGUGACCAAAGUGACCUUGCUUUUUAUGCUUACCGUGAAAUGGUUCAAAAGGGGUUUGAACCAGACAACAAUAUAUUAAAUGCUAUCAUCGGUGUGUGUGCUAAGGAGGGAAAAUGGGAUGCUGCAUUAAGUGUCUUUAAGACAAUGUUGAAGGGUGAACUUAAGCCAAACUUAGUUGCAUGCAAUGCAUUAAUUAACUCACUUGGCAGAGCAGGGGAACUCAAGCAAGCAUUUCAGAUCUACAACACAAUGAAGUCAUUGGACCUUAAACCAGAUGCAUAUACAUUCAAUGCCCUACUAAGUUCACUAAACAAGGCUAAUAGGCAUCACAAAGCUCUUGAGCUUUUUGAGAUGAUUGAAAGAGAUCAAACAUCCCAAUUCAAUAUUCAUUUAUACAAUACUGUUUUAGUGUCUUGCUCAAAGCUUAGAUUGUGGGAGAGAGCUAUAGAAAUUUUGUGGCAAAUGGAAGCCUCUGGACUGUCUAAUUUGACAAUGUCAUAUAAUCUUGUCAUCAGGACCUGUGAGCUUGCAAGGAAGUCAUCAAUUGCACUGCAGGUUUACAAGCACAUGGUUCACCAGAAGUGCAGUCCAAACUUGUUUACUUAUUUGUCUGUAGUUAGAUGCUGUGUUCGAGGAAAUCUCUGGGAAAACUUGGAAGAAAUCCUAAAUCAGAACAUGCCGAAUGCCACUCUCUAUAACGCUGCCAUUCAAGGGCUGUGCUUACGCUGUAAUGUUAACUUGGCAAAUAAGGUCUACACAAAAAUGCUAGAAAGUGGUCUUCAACCUGAUGUCAAAACACAAGUACUUAUGCUUCGUAUGAUAAGGAAAAGGAAGUAGCUUGUAAUCUAUUAAAAUGUUACCGUAACUAAUACAACAGUCUCGAAAUGAUGAGCAAUAGGAGUAGAAAUCACAGUCAACUGAAUCAGGCACCCGAUCCAAUAAUGAAUAAUUUUUGUUUGGCUUUCGCAAGAGAGUAGCAAACCAAAAUGCUACUGUAACUCUCUGGCUACUGUAUAGCUCCCACCUUCACUCUUUUCUUUCGUUCUUCCUUUCAUGCAUAGGGUUGUAAAGAUGCUUCUUGUUUGAUGUGUAUGUAAAUGAUGAAAAUGCCCAAGUCUUCUA